GAGCAGAGAUUAUCAGAUGUCAACCCCUCCUGGACCAUUUUAAUGAUGCAUUCAUGGAUCUCAAGUCCUCUAAAGCUUUGCUUGACAUUAAAAUAUGGACUCCUAAGGGCAGUUGGUUGCUGGUUACAAUUCAACUAAUCAUGAUAGUUUCAUGAAAGACAGACCUAUAGAAGUAUAAUGUGAGAUAUAUCUGAGGUUGGGAUGGGGAAGUAAGCCAAAAAUAUAUGUGUACAAUUCCAAACUUCAGUAGUAGAACAGCUGGUUUAUAAUACACUCAAAAGGCCUGUUCUUGAAUUUACAGAAGUGCUCAAGCUCAAUAUAUUCAAAAUUUGUAUUAGCUCCUGCCUUAGAAGUGCAAUGGAGUGCUUCCUCUGUGCUGUUUUAAAGUAUUUCACCAAGAUGAAUGUCUAAACUUUCUGUUAGUAAUUGAUUGUCCACUUAUCCCUAAUUUGAAGAAGAGGAGUUAGCCAGCCUGGGGAGGGGUGCUUUGUGGAGAGGAAAAAAAUGUACGAAUGCAGUAUUUUUAAUCUUUUGAUGUUGUUUAGAAUUCUGCUGCACAGGUCAGGAAAAUCAGUUAUGGUUCCCAUGGGAACCAUAACUCAUCCUGCUUCAUUAUAUAUUUGCAUGCAAAACCUAAAUGUAGUAAGGGAUAGGGUAGCUCUAGAGCUGUAAUUCCAAUUUUCUUACACAUGUACGUUAAAAUUAUACAUCACAGUGUCACAUCAGUGUUUUAACCUUGCCCCUCAAAGAAAGAAUGAUUAUCCAUAGAUCUGCAUCUGUCAUAUGACUUCUGAAUGCAGAAAGAGAAAUGAGCUAUACAUGAGCCUUCAAUGGUCAAAUGCCCAAGUUACAGCUUACAACAUGCAGCCCUAGAGAAGAGAGCUUCAGGGGAUCAAGUGGACAUUCAGUAUGCUUUAAGUUCAGUCAGUUGUCACAAUUCACUUGUGGGCUGAGAUUUGCAUGGCCUUGUAUUAUCCCAGAAUGUACAGGUUUUUAAUGUGUUCAGUAUUUCUGCAGGCUCUGCAAUCAACUGUUAUUUUAAUAGGCUCAAGAGUUUGAAGAGCAGUGCUGAUGCACAAGACCUAAUAAAUCUCUAAUAUUUAAAACAGAAGCAUCAUAUUAUUUAUUUUGCUAUUUCAUACUGCACUUCAAGAAAAAAAAUACAGACCCCCCCCGCCAUGACAUUCAUUUUCCUCUGUGGAAGAUACUUAAGUCUUAGAAAGUAAAAAACCAAAUUGUUGCUUUGAUACAGAAAUCCAAAACAUUGAUCUUUAAGUGACAAGAAUUAGUGAAGCCGAAAAGAGUGCCAGAAAACAGUCUUCCAUUGAAUCAAAGAAUUUUAGUCCAACGGAGAAUACAGAUGGAGAUGUUCCCCACUUGUAGCCUGCUUGCCUCAUCACCACACAAAAUGGGAAAGAAACAGAAUGGCAAAGGUAAAAAAGUUGAAGAGGCAGAGCCUGAAGAAUUUGUUGUGGAGAAAGUCCUGGACAGACGUGUUGUAAAUGGAAAGGUGGAAUACUACUUGAAGUGGAAAGGAUUUACAGAUGCUGACAACACAUGGGAACCUGAAGAGAACUUAGACUGUCCAGAGCUAAUUGAAGCUUUUCUGAACUCUCAGAAAGCUGGCAAAGAAAAAACAGAUGGUGCAAAAAGAAAAUCUUUGUCAGAUAGCGAAUCUGAUGAUAGUAAAUCAAAGAAAAAGCGUGAUUCUGUUGAUAAACCAAGAGGGUUUGCAAGGGGUCUUGAUCCUGAGAGGAUAAUUGGGGCUACGGAUAGCAGUGGAGAGCUUAUGUUCCUCAUGAAAUGGAAAGAUUCUGAUGAGGCAGAUCUGGUGCUGGCCAAAGAAGCUAAUGUGAAGUGUCCUCAGAUCGUAAUCGCUUUUUAUGAAGAACGGCUAACUUGGCAUUCAUGCCCAGAAGAUGAAGCACAAUAAUUGUUUGCAUUGCUUUUUUUAUAUAUAAGAAUAUUAAAACCUGAAAUUUGAUUUAUUAGCAAUGUGAGAAGCAUACAUUCUAACAAGUUUCAAAUUUGAUAUUUUUUUGAAGUAGUAUGUUUUGCAUCAACAGCAAGUAAAUAAAAGCUUUCUGCAACUUGUUUCAUUUAUCACAAGAGAGCAUUUGAUACUACUACUUCCUCCAUAUUAGGUAAAAGGUUUUAUAAAACAUUGAUGAACUUCCAUAGUUAUUACAGAAUCAUAAUGAAUGUCUAAACAAACUCACAGAUGUUUUGUAGUCUUCUAUACUAUUGAUGUGCAUGUAUCUUCUUUACCCAAACCUAGCCCUUUAAACCUGUAGGGUCAUUCUUUUUAGUAUUUGGGAUCACUUGGUCUUAAGAAGACCAGGUGAAAACUAACUUUGUAGUAAUUUGAAUGUUAUCAGACUGUAUAUUGUUUACUUUAUUGUAAAUACUGGUGAACAGUGGUCAAUAAAAUAGUUUUAUAUUCUUCCUUUAUACUGAUAGGCUGUGACUCUUUUGAAGCGGGGUAUUUCUCAACUUUUGAUAUGUUAAACUCAAUUUGUAAUAUAUUUAACUGUAAGUUGUUUUCUUGGGGAGUAGGUUGAUUACUAAUAUUACCCCACUGCUACUCUUAUCACAAUACUGGGCAAGUACCAGGCUUUGAUUAUUAGUUGGGGUUUUUUGUGAAUACUGCCUGAGACACGGGUUUUUUUCAGUCAGGAAGGGCCUGUAAAAUUAAUGUGCUUUGAAUACUCCUGUAAGUCACAGAUGGCAACCACAAGACUUAGGUACAGCAGUUGGUCACAAGGCCAAGUACCCUCUGCAGGCAUACUAGGAAAUAUUUGACAUGUAUUAGCAAAAUUAGCCCUUGCUUUAAUGUCAGGUCUUAAUAGAAGCCUAUACUGUACUCUAGAACUGGUUCAGAUGGAAUUAUUCUUCAGGCCAUCACCUGAAGAAUACUUCCAUAGCUCAGCUUUUAAAGUGGAAUAUUACUUAAGUCAUAUACUUGGAACAAAAGGCUUUCCUUCUGUUUCAGAUGGAAUUUUAAAAUUAGUCCUAUAAUCAGCUGCUUGGAGAAUACCUUCAGAAGGGCAGAAAUAAAGGGUGGGAAACUCAGGAAGAGUAAAGUUGCCAUGCAUUUUUUCACUUGCUUUGGAUGCUUACACACCAUCUUCUCUUUGUGUUUUGACUACCAUACUAUAGUUUGCCUUAAGCUGUUCUUACACGUCAAUGGCCAAGGUUAUUUCAGAAUUAUCCUUAAUUUAGAGUUUUGACUAAAAAAUACAAUACUGUAGUACACUGUUGGUGUCAGUAGACUCAUAAAAUGGUUUGGGUUGAAAAGAACCUUGAAGACCAUUCAGUUCCAACCUGCCUGCCAUAGGAAGGGACACCUUUGCCUAGACCAGGUUGCUCAAAGCCCCAUCCAACCUGGCCUCGAACAUUUCCAGGAAUGGGUUGUCAACAGCUUCUCUGGGCAACCUCUUCCAGUGCCUAACCACCCUAAGAGUAAAAAUGUAUUCCUAUAAUAUCUAACAUAACCCUGUUCUCAGUUUGAAGUCAUUUCCCCUUGUCCUGUCACUACAUGCCUUUGUAAUUCCUCUCCAGCCUUGUUGUAAGCCUCCUUUAGGGUCCUGCAAGGUUCUCUAAGGUCUCACUGGAGCCUUCUCUUCUCCAGGCUUAACAAUCCCAACUUUCUCAGCCUGUCUUCACAGGAGAGGUGCUACAGCCUUCUGAUCAUCUUUGUGGCCCUUCUCAAAGGUGAGACAGUUGGAAUUGUCUGGGUAUGUUUUUUUAGAAGAUUAAAAAAAGAUGGAUAUUCCUGGAAACCUUCAUUUAGUGUGCAUAGCCUGAAGAGUAAAGGAAGGAAUCCAGUCUGUGCUUGAUGUUCUUUUGAUACUGUUUCACAAAUCAUUACUAUAAUUAUUUGUCCUUUCAAUAGUUUGAAAAACCAUUUAUAUCAUGAAACAAAGCCUGCCAGUGUAGAGCACCUACUUAUAGUUAAUCAGCAGUGGCUAAACUUGCUAUGUGAACUUUUUCCUAAAGAUUUUUUUAUUACUGGUUUUGGGCAGAAUUCAGUCUCUAUUUGUGGCUCUAGGAAAAAUCUGAUAUCCAUGUUAACAUGGGGUCACUUGCACCAGAUAAGGAUAAUUUUAACACUUAACUAAUCUCUCUUGCCUGUUCCUUAGACAAAUCACCCUGACUUUGUCACAUGCUUAAUUAAGCCUUCUACAGAGUUCAUGGCUUAAUUUUUGGGAGGCCUGUAAUAGAAAUAUUUAUACACCUAGUAUAUAGGAUUCUGAGAUCCUUGCUUUUUUAUCCAGUAGCUUGAUAAACAGAUGGGCUUAAGAGGAAUUCCAAAGCAGCUUGUGUUCUCCUGCCAGUUUCUUCAGUAUGGAGUGCUUUGUAAAGAGUCUUAAAACCGUUACUGUACAAGUUGCAUUUUACUGCCUGAAACUUUGCAGUUUCUGUAACUCGUUUCAAGUGUGGAUAUCAAGUCUGUGUGAAGUUGCUGAUUACAAGCAAUACAGGUUAAACAGUUGUUUUUAAUUAUUGGUUAUUGUUAGUGAUAGACAAAGAUUUUUUUGUUGAAAGGUUGGUUCUCCUCAAUUUGUAACCCUUAAAGUACAGAUUUGUAACUAGAUACAGCUUUUUACAUUAUAUUUGGUUCUUCCUCUGACUUAAUGAAAAUACACUGUAUUCACUUUUAAACGACUUUGCAGCUUGUUAGACAGUUCUUUAGAUAGCUGAUUUUUUUAUGUUAUAAUGGUAAAUAUGCUGACUGGUAUUUGUUUCCUUUUUUUUCUCCUCACUUUGUGUCAAACUGAGUUUUGCUAGUAAUGAGAUGCAACACUUUAAAGUUACAAGUUAUGUAAAGUAAUGCUGAAUGUGCUGCAUACAUAGGCAAAAAGUUAACAAAUGUUAUUAAUUUAAAAUUAACUGAUUAAAUAAAUGAGAUAUCUUCUGUAGUUA